AUUCCCCAGGUGGCCCGACUCGUCCUCCCGGCGAGACCAUGAGCGAUGGCAAUAGAAAACAAAGACGGCGGUGACUCGGUCCUUUUCGACUCCUUAGAGCUCUCAUCGUCGUCGCAAUAUGACGGCAACGCGUCGCUGUGUCAGGUGUUUAAGAUCAUCGUCAUAGGAGACACCAACGUGGGGAAGACAUGUUUGACGUACAGAUUCUGUGGCGGGUCUUUCCUGAAGAAUCCCGAGGCUACCAUCGGGGUUGACUUUAGGGAGAGGACUCUGGAACUCGAUGGAGAAGUCAUCAAGUUGCAGAUUUGGGACACAGCAGGCCAGGAGCGUUUCAGGAAGAGCAUGGUGGAACACUAUUACCGCAGUGCACAUGCUGUCAUCUUCGUGUACGACGUCACCAGCCUGACCACCUUCCGGAAUAUCCCCGACUGGAUCGAGGAAUGCGGUCGUCACGCUGUGGGGCCGCUGGUGCCCCGGGUGGUAGUGGGCAACAAAUGCGACUUACGGGACCGCCGUGAGGUGCCCACGUCGACAGCGCAAUGCCUCGCCGACGGACACAACAUGCCCCUAUUUGAAACCUCGGCCAAGGACCCCAAAGAGAAGGAGCACGUGGACGCCAUUUUCCUGACGCUGGCCUACAGGCUCAAAAGCCACAAACCUCUGAGACUGAAGCCACCGUCUGAGAGCGACGUCAGGGAUCUUUGGAAACCCAGAGAGCAGGAAGCGGUAACCUGUCAGUGCUGAUAGUUCGCUUUCAACCACGAGCUUCUUGUGACUUUACCAUCAUCUGUCUGCUGUUAUGCACUUAUACAGAAAACACAGAGGGAUAAAAUUGCACUAUGUUUCUAUGAAAUGCAUGCAAGUAGUAGAAUAGGAUGUAUUUAUUUCCAGUGGAAACUCCAAAGUUGAGCACAAUAUAACAUUGAUAUUUUGUUCCAUGAUUAUCAAGGUUUAUGUUUUAGUGUCAUGUAAGCAUUUUAUUUACAAUGUCUUAGAGGGGUGACCUCACCUGAAUCGGGGUAAAAAAUUGGCCUUUGCUUUUUUUGUUUGUUUUCAUCAUUUCAAUUCAUGUUCUCCUGCAUGGAUUCGCUAGCCAACAGCCAAAUCAGAGCGUUCACCGUUUAUACGUUGAAUCCAAAAACUACCCCUAAAUGUCCCAACGUCAGAUUGGUGUUGCCCAGCUUUAAUAUGUUUAUGCACACUAAAAAUUCAAUGACUAUAUAUAGAUUCAGCAUGGGUUGAAAUUAGCUACUAAUUUGAUGUAAACAGUUAAAACAACACACAAAAUACCAGUGAUUGGUCACCAGCCACUUACUGCGGCUUCCAGGACUCCAACCCUCGUGAGGAAAAAGCGGUACAGAAAAUGGAUGGAUAGAUAAUAAAAGUGGGGCUUUAAAUGCAAACAGUAGUGAUAACAUGAAAUGUUUUUUCUCUCUGGUACAAAUAAGCCUUGAAAUGCAGACAGCCAUUCCACUCUGGACCACCUUGAAUUUCAUCACAUGCCACAGAAGUGACUGAUGUGAAGUGAUUUUUGAGUUGUUUGUGAGCCAGCAAAAUAAAAGUGGUUUGAUGGCAGAAA